AUGGCUGUGUUGGUGCAAGCAUCGGCCGAGUCCCUGCCAGCUGACACCACCCAGGACUGGCUUUUCUCCGCGGCUGUGGCGGGAGUUGCUCUUACGGUGUGGCUCGUGGAACGCCAGCUCGCAGGCACGCCGUCGGUGUUCUUCAACGAACUACGUCGGUUGGCACCAGAGCUCCUGGCCCUUACCUUUUGCCUUCUCCUGGCCUCCGGCCUGAUCUUCUGUGGCCAGCACAACGGCGGCGAAGCCAUCCCCAAGCAGGACGAGGGUCUUUGGAAAGACAUCAACGCAGAGUGGCCGAUCCUGAAGACAGCCGACACCUUGCUUGGGCUCCAGGCCAUGCUGCGCCUGGUCUUGCUUAGCUCUGCGGUCUUGCGUGGUGGGGACCAGAAGGACUCCUCGGCCUUCGCCUUGGAGCCCGCUACCUUCAUGCUCGCUGCAGCUGUCACGCGUGCUGUUCUGCUGCUGCUGAGCCCCUGGGAUGUCUACCACCUCGAUGGCCCACUUGGGGGAGCCCUGAACCUCGGCGCGGAGCUCGUGGCGGUGCCCUUGUUGAUCUGGCUCGCCAGGGGCAUGCUUUCCGCGGGCUGGGCGCGGCUGGCAAGUUUGGCCAUUGCAUCCACGGCAGUUUUGGCAGUGGCGCUGUCGCAGCGUUUGGCCCUCGCAGAUCCCGGCUCCGAGUAUCUGGAUGUGCUCUUCUCCUUCAGCAUGCUUUUGGACCUCGCGGGGGCGGCGUGGUUUCUCAUUCGUUGCUGUGCUCUGGGCAGCAAUGCUCGGAGCUCCUUCAUGGCCUAUGCCGUCUUUGCUCUUCCAGCUCAGGAGCUUCUGGUAGCCAUCUUCAUGCUUAGCUCCUGGGGCGAAGCUCCCUUCCAGGAGGUCACGGCCCUCGUGGGCUCCGGACGCCCCUUCCUGGUGCUGCAGGCAUCCGCCAUCGCAGAGGUUGGCCUGUACCUGGCAUCUGCCGUGGUGUUCACGGCCUCUGUGCAGUUUGCAAAGGACGACGAGGAGAGGGCGACGCCCCUUUUCGCGCAGCUCUGA